GGGUGGGAAGAAUAGCGCUGUCGCGGAGUGACAGCAGAACGGGACUGUGGGGAGAAGCUACGCCGGAGUUUCGCGCAAAAUAGCGAACUAUAUCUUUACUUUAAGCGUUUUGGGGAUUGGGUUAGUUUGGAUUGUGUGUUUGGAAGAUAUUCUGUGAUAUUUUGCGGGGAAUGUUUCAAAAUUUCGAGGAGGAGAGGCAUUUUCGCUCACUCUAGCCGAAGAGGAGAAGUUUUUUGACCGUUAAUUCUGGGCCGGGCGCGAGAGAGGAUUGCUGAGGUGUUUGGUGAAGUGACCCUGCCAUGCGUGAAUACAAGCUUGUGGUGUUAGGCUCUGGAGGCGUGGGCAAGUCUGCACUGACAGUACAGUUUGUCCAAGGAAUCUUUGUGGAGAAAUAUGAUCCCACAAUAGAAGACUCCUACAGAAAGCAAGUAGAGGUUGAUGGGCAGCAGUGCAUGCUGGAGAUCCUGGACACAGCAGGCACUGAGCAGUUCACAGCGAUGAGGGACCUGUACAUGAAGAACGGUCAGGGAUUUGCUCUUGUAUACUCCAUUACAGCACAGUCCACAUUUAAUGACCUGCAGGAUCUACGAGAACAGAUCCUGCGAGUAAAGGACACUGAAGAUGUUCCGAUGAUCCUGGUUGGUAAUAAGUGCGACCUGGAGGAUGAACGAGUGGUGGGGAAGGAGCAGGGUCAGAAUCUGGCUCGCCAGUGGAACCACUGUGCCUUUUUAGAGUCCUCUGCCAAAUCAAAGAUCAAUGUGCUUGAUAUCUUUUAUGACUUGGUCAGACAGAUAAAUAGAAAAACACCUGUGGAAAAGAAGAAAGCGAAAAAGAAAUCCAACUGUGUUCUCCUGUAGUGUCCCCUCCCUUCAGCAACUGAGCUAGAAUGCUGUAAUGAAGAACUGUUGCCCCAUUUGGAACGUACCAGCAUCGCCACCCUCAGUGAGUGAAGCUAAGGACAAGCUUGACUGACAAACCUGUAGAAAGAUGGGAUACACAACGAGGGAAAACGAGGAGUCAUCUCUUCUCAAUUCCAGAAAAACUGAGGAGAAAUCUUCAUUUAUCACCAUUUGAGUAGAACUAAUUUUCAGUAUUCCUCAGGAACAUAACAUAAAAAUAUCUUCCCAUAAAUUCUAACAGAAACAUGCAGCAUUUCAUCAUUCAGCGAACCGACAGAAUUUCAGAAAAGUGGGAAAUAAUUAAAGCAACCGCAGAGACAUCAGACAGCCUGGAGUCUUUCAAAUAGUACAAGGAAUACCUCUGAGAACAAUGCCUGCCUGAAUCCUGCAAAUGACAUCAGGAAGGGACUGGUCAGGAGAUACAAGACUGUGACAGACCCAUGCUUUGGUACCACAACAUUUCAUUAGUGAAUGUCAUUUCACUAAAGGUUAAUCAUUUCUCAAAAUUCCAACUGAACCCAGUGUUGAAGCAGCACCAUACCAGAGCCCAGGAAAGGUGUUUGGAGAAAGAAGAUAUCAAAGAAGGUUUACCAGUGUUUAUUCCCAGUGCAGCUUGUUUAAUGGAAUAGAAAAUUACUUCAUUUGUAUGAUUGUAGGCAUUCUAAUGACGAACAGCAUGACCACAUCUUUUGAUUUAAGUGUAGAUGUAAAUGAAAACAAAUUUCAGUGUUGCCUCUCAAGAAGUUGUGUUCCAUUAACGACAUCAAUUGUGUAAAUGUUUUAAAGACAGAGGUUCACAAGCUGUAUAUAAAUGACGCAUUCUUAUUUACAUUGACGGAUGCUCUUGACCAGAUCUUUACCCCUAACUUUGUGACUAUUUUGUAUUUAGUCACUUGGCUUUCGUAGCUCCAUAGCAUAUUCUAAUACCUGUUUUUUAUUUUUGGACUUGUAAAACUAUGGGCCUUUUUAUAGUGGUAAAAUGCAGACUGGUUUCUAGGUCUCUUGAGGCUUAAAUACAGUAUAUUGUACUAUAUCUCCUCUAUUGCUUCUCAUGCGUUUCUGUCGAAGGAUGUUCUGGCUUUUAUGGUUGAUUAAAUUUUAGUACGUUUUCAUUA